AUGGAACCUGGAGCAGCAGAGUUGCUGCAGCAGCAGCUCCAGGGUCUAUUAGAGCAGCAGCAAAGACUUCAACAGCAGCAACAGCAGCAGCAACAGCAGCAUUCCCAGCAGCAGCAGCAGCAACACCCGCAACAGCAGCCGCAGCAGCAUUUGUCCUGGCUUAACAGUGUCCUCCCCGAGCGAGACGCGGCGUCAGGGGCAGCAGCAGCCGCCGCAGCCGCCGCCGCAGCAGCAGCAGCCAAGGAGGAGGCAGCAGCAGCAGCGGGAGGGAACACAGCAGCAGGAGCAUCCUCCAUGUCAACAAUUGCUUCUUCUGCUGCUGCUACUGCUGCUUCUGCUGCAACGGAUUCAAGUGAGGCAGCAACUUGCAACAACUUGCUGCAACAGGAGGACACAAUAAGUGAUAAACAGCAGCAACAGCAGCAGCAGCAACAACAGCAGCAGCAGCAGCAUACAAACGCAUCUGUUGCUGCUCUUUUGGCAUUAAGACGACAGCAUCUGCAGCAAUACCAGCUGCAGCAACUGCAACAGCAACGCAUGCAGAGGUUGCAGCAGCAUCAGCUGCAACUGCUGCAGCAGCAGGCAGCUGCUGCAGCACCAGCUGCAGCAGCAACAGCAGCAGACAGCCACGGCGACGCCCACGCAAAUGCGGGGCCCGUUGCAGCAGCAACAGCAGAGAAGACCCUCCCUGCUGCAGCUGCCGUUGCUACUGCAGAUGGAUCUCCAGAUCUGGCAACGAGGCUGCUAGAAGGCAGCGCAGCAGCAGGACAUCUGCUGCUGCAGCAGCAGCAGCAGGAGCAGCAGCAGCAGCAGCAUGCGCUCCGACCUGCAGCAGCCAGUGCUGCUGAUGGAGGCGGAGUCCCGCCUGCAGCAGCAGGAGCAGCGCAUCAGCUGCAGCAACUGCAGCAGUUGAAGCAACAGCAGCAGCAGCAGCUGCAGCAGCUGAAACAGCAGCAGCAGCAGCAAGCAUCCCUGUUGAGCCUGCACCAGCAGGCAGCCGUCGCUGCAGCAGCAGCAGCGCAGCGACAGCAGCAGCAACAGCAGCAGCAACAGCAGUUUUCGCUGCAUCUCAAUCAAGAGACUGCAGCAGGAACGAACUCUGCAGCAGCAACAGCAGCAGUAGCAGCAGCAGCAGCAGAUGCAAGAAAUUUCCUUCUUGAACAGCCAAGCAGCAGAGCAGCAGUGCUGCUUGCUGCACUACAGAAGCAAACGCUGCAGCAGCAGCAGCAGCAGCAGCAGGACCUCUCCGCCCCACACGCAGCAGCAUCACGCUCUGCUGCACUGUACUUGAACGCCUUACUGCCGCAGCAAGGAGCAGCAAAUCGGCAGCAACAGGAGCAGCGUGCUGCUCGGUUGUUGCAGAUGCAGCAGCAGGCUGUAGCAGCUGCUGCAGUUGCUUCUUCUUACAAGCUGCAGCAACUGCAGCAGCUGCAAUUGUUGCAGCAACUGCAGCAGAAACAGCAGCAGCUUCAGCAGCAGCAUGCUAGCGAGUCCCCUGGUUCUGCUGCUACUUCUCCUGCAGCAGCAAGAGCUGCUCCUUCCUCUGAUGUAGGAGGAGGUGCACCAGCAGCAAGUAGUGCGCCUGUGUCCGUUGCAGCAGCAGCAGCUGCAGCAGCAGCAGCUCAUGCAACGCAGCAGGAGCAGCAGCAACAAGGAGCACCCGUUGCAGCUGUGGAUAACUGGGUACAGUGUGAGGCAUGCAAGAAAUGGAGACGACUCCCCGUGGGGAUCGAUCCCGACUCGCUCCCCGAGACGUGGCUGUGCUCUAUGAUGUAUUGGGAUAUAAAUAGCAGCAGCUGUGCAGCACCAGAGGAGGACUAUAGGGAUGAUCAGCAGCAGCAGCAACAGCAACAGCAACAACAGCAACAGCAGCAACAGCAGCAACAGCAGCAACAGCAGCAACAAACCCCACUUCAACAGCAUACACACUUGCAACAUCAUGCACAAAUCCAACAACAAAUACAACAACAGCAACAGCAGCAGCAGCAGCAGCAACAGCUUCUGCUGCUGCAGCAAACACCAGGGUCACGGAUUGAGACGAGGGAGUAUGAUGAUCAAGAUGGCGACUUUGUGCAGCAGCAGCAGCAAGAUCAGCAACAGCAACAGCAACUUGCAGCAGCUGCAGCAGCAGCAACUGGCGCGGACUAUAGUGUGUCUCCUGGCUGCUGCCCUACUGCUGCUGCACUUCCUCCUUCCUUUCAGCAGCUGCCGCCGCACUUGCAGCAGCAGCAGCUGCAGCUGUUGCAGCGGCAGCAGCUCAGUGCAGCACAACGAGCAGCAGCAGCAGAUGGCCGCCAUCUUGGUGCAGCUUUGGACGGGACACUUGGGCAACAUCAGCAGCAGCCUGGAGCCGCAGCAGCAGCAGCUGCAGCAGCAGAGCUAGCAGCAGCAACUAUGGCUCCUGGAGCCUCAGAAUUGGCUGUGACGCUGCUUCGGCCGCCUGUGCCGAGUAGCCGAUUUCAUCCUGUUGCGGAUAGACUCCUGAUCUCCUGUCCUGACGGUGCUACGACGACAGGUUGUGCUGUAUCGAUGCCUAGUGGGGUCCUCCACUUGCGGCUGCUCGAUGCUGCACCUGCCCCUUCAAGUGCAAGACGUGCUGCAGUAAGCAGCAGCAGCGGGGCAACAGCAGGAGACGACGCAGCAGGAGGAGGAGGAGCAGGUGGUUGCGGUGUGGGUAGCAACAGCAGCUACUAUGAGAUGGAUGUGCAGCAGCAAACAUCUCAAGAUGGUUUGGGUGUUGGCGGAAAGCAGCAGACACGCCAAUCAGCUGCUGCUGCUGCUGCUGCAGUUGCAGCAUCAGCAGGAUCAGCAAGCACAGAUGCAUGCAUGCAUGUAGAUUUUGCCUAUGCAACAAGAUGGCCUGGUGUAGAGACACUUAGUGCAGCAGCAGAAGAAGAUGAUUGGCCUUGUGAGCCUGUCUCCUGCAGCAGCUCAGAUGAGGAAACAGAGGUACCUGCAGCAGCAGCAGCAGAAUCAGCAACAACAGCAGCAACAACAGCAGCAGGAGAAGAAGAACGAGGGGGAAGAAGAGCAGCAGGAGGAGCGGGAGGGGAAGACGGUGCAACAGCAUCAGCAGCAACAGCAGAAGAGAAAGACUCUGCUAGUGAUUCUACUCCUGCUGCUGCUCCUGCUGCUUCUACAGCAGCAGCAGCAGAAUGUCCUAACAGAUGUCUCGUUGUACCGAAAGACCCCAACAGCCCAGCAGCAUUCUCUGUUGCUCCUGCUGCGCUGCAGCCACAGGAGCUGCAGCAGAUUGCUGCUUCUGUGACGCAGCAGCUGCAGGAGUGCUGCAGCAUAUUAAAGGGACAGAUCCCUUAUAAAGUAUUAAGGACAUUCAGGCCGCUGCAGCAGCCGCAGAACGGGGGCAGGAACAGCCAGGAGCAGCAGCAACGGCUGCAGCAACACCUUAUGGAAGAGCAGCAACUGCAGCUGCAGCAGCAGCUGCAGCAGCAAAAACGCAUUCUUGUAACAGCGUCAACUCCUGUACACCACGUCCUUGAUAUAAGAGAACUGCUAGGGGCUGUCUGCCUUGCAGACCCGACAGUGCAGCAGCAGCAGCAGCAAGAGCAGCAACAACAGCAACAACAGCAGCAAGUGCUGCAGCAGCAGGAAGAUGAAGAGGAGCAGCCGCAACAGCACAACAUUCGCAAGUCUGCUGCUGUAGAUGAUGUCGCACCUAGCAGCAAGCGCAUGCGGAGAGCAGCACCUGCUGCUGCUGCUGUUGCUGCUGCUGCUGCUGCUUGUAUGGCGGAUGCGGUGAAAGGUAGUGCUGCGGAGGGGAGUGCUGCUGCAGAAGCCGCUGCGGCAGGUCUUGCUGCUGUACAGGUUGCUGCUGCUGCUGCAGAUAGCUUUGCUGCAGCAGCAGCAGCAGCAACCUGUGCUGCAGCAGAUGAGCUGACAGCUGCUGCCAAGCGAGAAGGACCAGAGGAGGUCCCCCCUGUAGAAACAACAACCGACGCAGCACCAGUAACACCACCACCAACAGAUUUACCUCCAUUUGCUGCUGUGGACGCCAGAAGCAGCAGCAGCAGCAGCAGCAGCAGCAGCAGCAGAGACGGGAUGAAGGCCUCUGAGGAGGACGCCAUGUGGGGCAGCAAGAUAGGAGCGUCAGAACAGCUGCAGCAGCAGCAGCAGCGACAGCAACAACAGGAAGGAACAAGGCGGCAGGAUGCUGUUGCUGCCGUUGCUGUCAAAGCAGCAGCGACAGCACCCCAAGAGAUGGAUACUGGUGCUGCUGCUGCAACGACAACAGCAGCAGAUGCUACUGCAGCAAAUGCAACAGAUGCUGCUCUGCAGGAGGUGUCUUUGCCUUCAGCUUUGGAGAAGCCACAGCGGGAAGCAGAGCCAGCAGCAGCAGCAGCAGCAAGAACAACAACAGCAACUGUGCCGAUCGGGGACUCAGCAGCAGUAACGCCAGCUGCUGCUGCGGCAACAGCAAAGGUUGCUUCAGCAGCGGCCGCUGCUGCUGAAGCAACAGUCGCCGCAGCAUCAGCUGGUGCAGUAGCAGCUCCUGAAGCAGCAGCAGCAGAAGCAGCAACAGCAGCUGAAUCAAUAACAGCAGCUGAAGCAGCAGCAACAGCGGAACUAACGGCAGCAGCUGCAACUAAAACAGAAGCAGCAGCAGCGACCGAAGCAACAGCAGCCACAGCUGCAGCAGCAGAUGGAGUUACAGCAGCACCUGAGGCAUCAUCAGCCACAGCAACAGCAGGUGCGAAAGCAGCAGCAGCUGCGGUAGAAGCAGCAACAGCAGCUGGAGCAGCAGCAGCUAAAUUAGCUGCAGCUGAGGCAACAAAAGCUCCACCAGAAGCAGCAGAAGCAACAACAGCACCUGUAGCAGCAGCAGCAGCACUUGAAGCAGCAGCAACAGGAGCGGCAGCAGCUGAAGCAGCAGCAACAGUCAAACCAGAUGCAUCAAAGCAGGCAUUAUAUGAUGGAGCAGCAGCAGCAGCAGACGCUGCUACACGCACUGCAGCUGCGACAGAAGCAGCUACAUCAGCAGCAGCUGCUGCUGAUGCUGCCCUAGCAGAAGCUGCUGCUGCACGAGAACCAGCAGCUGCUGCGAUACCGACGAGAGUUGCACAGGCAGCAGCACCAAAAGGACAGAAAACAACAGCAGCUGAUUCUGCACCUGCUGCGCGGCGCAGCAGCGACGGGCUGAAGGAUGCUGAAGGUGCAGCAGCAGGAGCAAGAGCAGCAGCAGCAGCAGCAGAGGGAGUGGUUGCUGCUGCAGCAAAAACAGCAAAGGCUGCUGCAACGGGUACCUCAGGGCAAGAAGGUGGGAAGCGUAGAGAGAAGAAAGCAUCAUCAGCAGCAGAAGGAGCAGCAGCAACUGUUGUAGAACCAGUAGUAACAGCAGCAGCAGCACCAACAGCAGCAGCAGCAGCAGCACCAGCAGCAGCAGAGGAAGAAGAAGAAGAUGAUGAUGACGGCCAAGACCCUUGGGCCCCUGUGCUGUCUCCUGUAGAGGAUGAGAUACCCAUCAGCAAACGAGGCAGCUGUAAGACUACACUUAGUGACUGCAGCAGCAGCAGCAGCAACUGGAGGGGUGAUCUGCACAGGAGGUACACUAGCAGCACCGCAACAGACUCGCACCGGAUCAGCAGCAGCAGCAGCAGCAGCUCCCGCAGCAAUAGAGAGGGCAUGCGUUCCUUUCCUGUGGGGCAUAUUGACUCAUUAGAGAUGAGCAGCAGCACUAGCAGCAGCAGCAGAGAUGGCCGCAGCAGCAUUGGCAGCAGUGUAAGGAUAGAUAGAAAGUUGGCAGGCAGCAGCAGCAGCAGCAAGGGCGGGUUUUGCUUAUCUAGAGCCUCCUCAUUCGAAGACAGUGCAGCAGCAGCAGCAGCAGCAGCAGCAGAUAUGGCGGACAAUCGGGAUCCUUGGCUCCCUAUAUCUGAGUCAGCAACAGGAGUCAACAGACACAGCAGCAGCAGCAGCAGCCGCAGAGACAUGGGAGGUGUGGGCAGCAGCGGGACUCCCCAUUCUCCUCGUGGUUUCCUAUCGCAGCAGCAGCAAGAGCAGCAGGACCAGCAGCAGCAGGAAUAUGCUCGCAGCAGACGCAGCAGCUUCAGCAGCACAGAAGGACGGAGAGAUUCUGCUGCAUGCAGACAGUCUCCUCGCAGCCGAUAUCCUCGCCCUCCCCGUAGGCCUCAGGAGCAGCAGGAGCAGCAGCAGCAGCAGCAUCAUGAACAGGACCAUCAUCAGCAGCAACACCACCACCCUCACCAUCAGCAGCAGCAGCAGCACCACUAUCAGCAUCAGCAGCAGCAGCCGCGGCGUUUAGACCACUCAGAGGGGGCCCACAUGGCGGCCCUCAUGGACCCCAUGGACCAGGGGGUGGCCCCCAUGGGGGGCCCCAUGGUGGACCCCAUGGGGUCCCCCAUGGGGGACCCCAUGGACCGCAUGGACCACAUGGACCGCAUGGUCCACACGGACCAGGAGGGGGGCCCCAUGGUGGGCCUCAUGGGCCCCAUGGACCAGGUGGGGGGCCACAUGGGCCUCAUGGACCCCAUGGACCCGGAGGGGGGCCGCAUGGGGGGCCGCAUGGGGGACCCCAUGGAGGGCCCCAUGGGCUGCCUCCUCUUCAUGGAUGUCAUUCUGGCAACUGGGAUAUGA